AUGUCCACCAAAAACGUUUCCAGGAGUAUCUGGCGCAAGGUGCAGAAAAUGCCGUCAGUUGAAGGGGUCUUUGGCAUCAAUAAGCCAACUGGGCUUUCCUCCGCCCAAGUACUUCGCGACUGCCAAAAAGUCUUCCAUGACUCCAAACUUUUUGCGCCCCAUCUGCGAGACAUGAAAGCGCAACUAUUACGAGAUAAUCAUAACCAGCGACAGCGCCGGAAAGUGAAGGACCCCAAGGUGAAGAUUGGCCAUGGUGGAACACUGGAUCCUCUCGCGACUGGUAUCUUGAUUGCAGGAAUUGGAACAGGGACAAAGAGUUUACAGGAUUUCUUAUUAUGUACGAAGACGUAUGAAGCAGUGGUACUCUUUGGGACAGGGACGGAUUCGUAUGAUCGACUGGGGAAAGUGUUGACACAUGCGCCGACAGAACAUAUUACCAAAGAAAUGGUUGAGAAGGCUCUGGAUCAAUUCCGAGGGAAGUUCAUGCAAUUACCACCAUUGUUCAGCGCAUUGAAGAUGAACGGCAAACCACUGUACGAGUACGCGCGCGAAAACAAACCAAUACCACGCGACAUCGAACGACGACCGGUUGAAGUCGAGGAAUUGGAGAUGCUGGAGUGGAUGGAACCUGGGACACAUAAUCAUAAACCACCGACGGAUGAGGCAGGUCACGCUGAGAUUAAUCUUGCUAAGUUGGUUUGGAAACAAGAGAGUAUACUUCCUCCAAAAUCCCCUGAGAGCGAGAAAGUCGCAAAGGAGAAUUUCGAGGACAAGAAGAGGAAGAUGAGUGAGAAUCAAGAUGAAUUGGUUCAGGAAAGGCCGAAGAGUAAACGCAAGACGGAUGCUGUGAAGACUGAGUCUGAUCCGGAUGCUGAGCCUGUUAUGUCUGGUGGUCUACCAGAACCAGUGGCAUCCACUGAAGUAGCUGCAAAAGUACCAGAUGCUACUGUUGAAUCUGUCGAAGCAGCUCCCGAAUCACCAAAGUCACUCGGUCCUCCAGCAGCGCGUAUACGCAUGACUGUCACAUCAGGCUUCUACGUGCGCUCUCUAUGUCACGAUUUGGGUGUCGCUGUCGGUUCUGCUGCCCUUAUGGCAGAAUUAGAGCGUACGCGACAAGGUCAAUUCUCAGUUGGCAAUGACAAUGUGCUGGAAUACGAUGAUCUGUCGAAGGGGGAAGAGGUCUGGGCUCCUAAGUUGGAGAGUAUGAUUAAGGCGUGGGAGAAUAAGACUGAAGCUACGAAGGCGGAGGCGGGAGCAGAGGCGAAGAGUGAAGCGCCUGUAAAGGAGGAGGUUUCUGGGGAUGCUGUGAAAAUGGAAGAUGCACAAGCGAAGUUCACAGAGGCGGCGGAGCAGCUUGCUGAGGAAGUAAAGUCUGAGGGUGAAAGUCCUAGUAAGGUCUUUGAAGCGGCUGCGUAG